AUGUUGGGUGCCGUCUUUGCUGGCGGUUUCGCUUUCGAGCUCUUCUUCAACCAGGGCAUGAACAAGCUGUGGGACAACACCAACCGUGGCCGCCAAUGGAAGGACAUCCGAAGCAAAUACGUCCAGGCCGAGGACGAGGACGAGGAAUAG